UGCUAGUUCUGGUGGCCCAUCUUUUGUCACCACAGGCGAGUUGCAUGUCACUCUGCGUUAACUUCACCGCCUGUGAAAUAGGCAUGGUAGAAUUGAGGGGGAUGUUGAAUUAGAAACCAGAGAAGGUGCAAUUAGAAGAAAAAUGCUACAGCCCACAGCCCACUGUGGCCAAUUACAUUUCAACUGAAAACUUGCCGGAUGAAAAGAGGUCCAUUUCCAGUGUUAUCGAGGGCAUCAGCAUACACAGACCGACCUGGAGAGUUCGCUCUGGUGGGCCUGACCUGUCUAUGACAUGGAAGUGUUUCAUACUGGAAGUUCUCAAGGCACUUAAAAUACGCGUGGCCUAUUUUGAAGUCUGCAAUGAAAGGGACUUGACACAAGACAGGCAUUUUACUACCAUGGGGCUGAGAUGUUUUCUGAAUUUUAGAGUGGUCAUCUUUCCCAAUCGGAGUGGCAGAGAUAGUCAUUACAGACGGGAGCCAGAGUGCCCUCUUCCUGUCCCUUUGAUCUCCAGUGUUCCAGAAGGCUUUUGUGCGUACCAGGCCUCCGACGGAGGUUGAGGGGUGACCUCAGCACCUAAGGACAUGCUACCGGAGGCUGGACUGCACAUUCCCACGCAGAAUAGAAUCCUGUGCCCCAACUGGGGACCACGGCCGGGGGACCUGAAGCCAGGGAGAGGGUGUUCUAAUUAGGAGAGCUGUGUGUUUCGUUCAUUGCCCACUUUGGGGAGAAUUCUUGCUGUCUAGAAGACAAUGUGAUGAUUUGGGCCACCGGGUAGGUGUUACAGGGAUGUUUGCCACAGGGAGUUCGAGGCCAUCAAACAGCCAGGUGUGGGGCUUUAGGUCCCAGAGGAAGAUCACCGUUUGGGAUGGUGGCUGGAGGGGAACGGAUCCGAGGGGGCCUGUGUGACGGUACAAUGGGCCACACACUUCACUGUACCCCAGAAUUAUCUGGAGACUCACUUGCUUAUUUAUUUCUUGAUUGGCCACCAUUCUUUAUUUAACACAGGAAAAUCUCCUUUCUUGCUGAAUAUCUGCAGUCACUUAAUUACCCAACUUUGAUGACAAGUUCCCUCCUUGGUGCUGCUGCUGUCCCUGUCUCUGUCCCCUGCGAAAGCAACAGCAGUCUUCUGCAGGUUUUAGCAACAUCAGGCCCCCUUUUGUGCGACCUGGGACUUUCAAACCCACAGGGAGGGGCCUUGGUAACUUUGCUUUCACAGACUCAUCCAUCGAACACCCACGUUUACUACAAGUUCAAGAAGGAUGGACACGCACACGAGAUCCACAGAGAUGAAGAGCCUGAGGCCCAGGGAGGUUCCACUUGUGUGAGGUCCCACAGCUGGGAAAGAUGGAGACGCUGAAAGACAAGACCCUGGAGGAGCUGGAGGCGAUGCAGAAUGACCCGGAGGCCAUUGACCAGCUGGCCCAGGAGUCCCCUGAGGUCCAGGACCUGCAGCUGGAACGGGAGAUGGCACUGGCUACCAACCGGAGCCUGGCCGAGCGGAACCUGGAGUUCCAGGGUCCCCUGGAGAUCAGCCGCUCAAACCUCUCGGACAAGUACCAGGAGCUCCGGAAGCUCGUGGAGCGGUGCCAGGAGCAGAAGGCAAAGCUGGAGAAAUUUUCUUCAGCUCUGCAGCCAGCGACCUUGUUGGACCUUCUGCAGGUCGAAGGCAUGAAGAUUGAGGAAGAGUCGGAGGCCAUGGCUGAGAAGUUCCUGGAAGGUGAGGUGCCCUUGGAAACGUUUCUGGAGAACUUUUCCUCCAUGAGGACGCUGUCACAUCUGCGCCGGGUUCGCGUGGAGAAGCUCCAGGACGUGAUAAGGAAGCCCAGAGCUUCCCAGGAGCCGGCUGGUGACGCCCCUCCUCCCCGCCCGCCACCCCCACCUCGCCCAGCCCCGCAGGCAACGCCACCUCUGGCCGAAGAGCCACUGCAGUCAUCAGCGGUGCCUCCCUUCCCUUUGCCCUACAGCCUGUCUCCCAGCAUGCCCGUGGGCUCCACCGCCCAAGGCGUGCUCCCCCCGGCCCCCUUCCCGGUGGUGUCCCAGCCCUCCUUCUCCUACAGUGGGCCUUUGGGCCCCCCGUACUCAUCAGUCCAGCCAGGACCCAGGGCUGCUGCUGCGGGCUACUCCUGGUCCCCACAGAGGAGCACCCCGCCCCGGCCGGGCUAUCCCGUGGCCCCCUCUGGUGCCUCUGGCCCCGGCUACCCCAUGGCAGGGAGCCGGGCCCCCAGUCCUGGUUAUCCUCAGCAGACCCCCUACCUCUCACCAGGAGGAAUACCUCCCUACCCAACACAGCCCCAGCUCCCCAGUUUCCCAGGCCAGCCCCAGCCCUCAGGCCCCUCUCAGCCACCCUAUCCCCCUGGGCCCGCCCCUCCCUAUGGAUUUCCACCACCUCAGGGUCCUGCCUGGCCUGGGUACUAGACGCAGUCCUGGCCCUUGGCCCUUCCCUACUUCCGCCUCUACCGCAACCUUAGGCCCACCCUACGCGAGAUUCGAGGUUAAAUUGGAAGUGGAGUUGGCACUCCUUGUGGACUUGUGUCGGCACACCAGGGCCUUGGGGGGACCUGGCUGGGAGCACGCGGGCCCAGAAAGGCAGUGUGACCGGCUUGGCCGCACCAGAUGUCACUGCCCUUACUGGCCUCCCCGGGGAAGGGAAGGCAUCCUUUCAGUGACUGGCUUUCGCCUUUCUGGUGCUGGCCAGACGGGGCGUCCAGUCGCUCUCCGUGGAUGUGAGCCAGCGGAUACAUGUGUUUGUGGACAUCUUGUGCCUGCGCUCACAGGCACCUGAACCAAAUCAGCGUUAUCUUGGCGGCAAAGUGGCCAGGUCUUUGGCCGCUGCUCAUUCCCUCCCUCUCCCUGGGAUUUGGCACAUUCCUCGUGGCACCCAUGCUGAGGAGUGCAGCUGUUCGUGUCCAUCUGGUCCAUUCAAGGAUGGCCUGCCCCACACACCAUAACUAGGGUUGGAUCAGAAGGAGAAAACAGUUAGGAAAAACGCAUCAUGACUUUUAAGUCACAUCAAGCCAUAAUUGAACUCUGCUAGGUGGAUGUCAGAGAAGCUUGUCCUCUCUGCUGGUUUGAACCACAGCAGCAGAGCCAGCGCAGCGAGAAGGGUGGGGACUGAAGGUGGACCCCAGACCUUGCUGCCGCCAGUUGGAAAAUCUGGGGGGCCACCGUAGACCCUCUGGCUGGAGAAGAGGGAGCAGCUCUGGCGCAGGAGAUUGUCGUCACAUCGGGGCUCAUUUAGGAGUGGAGGGCUGGUCGCCUCCCUGCCACCCUCUCUUCUCUGGGCCCCUCCGCUUCCGGUUGACUUUUCUGAGGCCCUCCCCAUCCAUCCAUCCACUCCUUCAGUGCCUUGAAUCUCAUUCAUAGCAGUCUCCUCCCUUCAUCCCCUUCCUCUGGCUCCCUUGAUGUAGCUCUCCCCCCUCCCAGUAUCCUUCCUAAGACAGACAUCAAAAGAUGCCCUAACAGUAACCUCCCAGUGGUGCUUUCUAAAACACCAUCACUAUGUCGGAGUCCGUUUCUUUGCAUCUCUCUUGUCUUCAGAAUGUAAAGGGCAAGGAUUGUGACUCCAUGCCACAUGCAGCCCCCAGCACGUUGGGGAUUUUAAGCAUGUUCAGUAAUAAAAAUGACAAUACACCAAAGGGGGUGUGAUGAGCGAAGCAUUAACUUGGUUGUUCUAGAUUUGAACCAGGUCUCGAGGGCAGACUCUGGAGCUGCUAUUGAUUAGAAGUCAUAUGUGCCUUGAAAUGUCCACUACUCGAGUACCCAGCAUCUGGUGGGCAUGGGGUGCUGGGGGCCAACGAGGAAACUCAACCUUCUGGUGCCUGCCCCCUCCCCGGCCCGCAUGCCAUCAGUGGGUAUGUGUGCGCGCAAUGAGAUGCUCCAUUAGUGCUGUCGGUUCCUUGCCAAUUGUGCUUGCUUCUCGUAAGUUAUUUAUAUAAAAAGAGAAAUCACUAAUGGACUCUACUGGUUUGAGUGCUUCUGAACUGGAUGAAGGAUCUCCCAUAUGUUUGUAUAAUUAAUUGCCAUAAUAAACUUUGAUGAGUUACAAGUA